AUAGGAUUUAUUUAUUAUUUAAACUUAUUUAUCACAAAUUAUUGACCAGGAAACAAACGUUUCUUGGUCGCACUCUCUUUUGAAAGUAUUUUUUAUAAUUACUGUUAUAUCGUAUAGAUAGAUCUAACGAGUGAGAAAAUCGAAAAAGAAAAUUUUUCUCUUUGUAAAUAAACUUUUUUGGUAAGAGUUCUAUUGAUAAAUAUCAUUUUGUGAAUUAGUAAUAACAAUUACAAAUUUUCAACCCAUGAAUUUAUACAUUUUUCUUUAUUAGAACAAUUGCAAAACGUUCAAACACUUUUUAUCAUAGUGUACAAAACUAUCAAAAAUAAAAUAUUGAUUUGUUUUUUUUUUUACAAAAAUAUAUUUCUCGAUGUCUACUAAUUAAUAUAAGUCCAAUAUCAAUAGAAUCCAUUACUUGGUUCCAAAGUUAUACUAAAUAAUACGAGGGUCCUGUAAAUGCACCGUUUCUGCCACGAAAUGACGCAGAGUAACUGGUAAUAACCAACACCGAGAAUCGUGUCAAGUGCAAAGGGUUAAGUUAUAAAAAAUAUUAUUAGAAUUUGAACCCUUUGCGGCAUAUAGCCACCCUAUUCUUGCGCUGCAGCUUGCGUAUGUUUGUCGUUUUAAACGAUAAGAGGGGCAUAAUCUAAACGAUACAUGGGUGUAUCUUAUUGAAGCUUUAUUCAAUUUUAUUGAAAGUUAUUUGAAUAAAGCUUUAGUUUUUAUAACGCAAAUGUGCAACGUAAACAUUUUCUUUAUUACGUGUUUCAAUACCUGUCGUCCAUAGCGACGCUCGCCCGUCGUCGAAGGAUUUACUUUAUCUGGCGUUAGCGUUAGCGUUUCUAACCUAACCUUAAAGUAUAGUUUUUGUUUGUUUGUUUGUUUGUUAUAUUAUUAUUAUUAUGCAGUUGUAGAUAGUUGUAGAUGGAAAAAAAUGUCUUUAUUUUCAAAUAAAUUUUCUUUGAAAAAAACACCAACGAGAAAAGCACCUACAUUUUUAAUAAAUAAAGAUUUAAGUCCUAAUAGAAUAGAAAAGGAAUUAGGUCCAGACGUUGGACCUAUUCGUUUACAACUUGGAGACCAAGAAGCAGUUUUUGCAAAUGGUGUAUGGAUACCAGAAUCUGGAAAAGUAAGUGGUACAUUUAAAGAAAAUGAAAAAUUGAAAAAGGAAGUUCAUAAACUCGAAGGAGAAAACUAUUUGUUAAAAUUACAGUUUGAAAUAAUGCUAGAUUUGCUUACAGAAUCUGUAACGCAAAAUUUAUCAUUAAGAGAAGAAUUGGAAAAAUUAAGGAAUAAUAUAUCAUCUAAUAGAUAAUUAAAAUGACG